CAAUGUUGUACCCUCCCUGCCAUGUUCCCACAACAUCACAACAGAAGCAGCGAAUCGUCGUUUUGUCCGUUUUACUGCCUCAUGCGGCUCAUUCUGCAGACUGCGCCUCAUUUAGGCCACUAUGCACGUCUUGCUGGCUUAGCUAUGGAUGGUUUAGUCGAGGCUGAUGCCUGGUAAAAGAUGCACUUCAUUAGGCCCCCAUCGGGCUUAUUGCCUGGCCGAGUCAAACCAAAGGCUCUUUCGAUGCAUUGAAAAGAGACGCUGCUGCUACAUGAUAUCGCAUGUAUCCUUCCUACUACUGUGGCCAUUACUGGUAAGACCACAAGGAUCUACUUGAACGACAUCGUGCCUGGACGAUUGUUACCUAAUUGCCUCGCAAAUCCACCGCAAACGCCCAAUCGUUAACCACCAAAACCAAGGUACCACGGUGCUGCAACUACUAUAAUCACGUCCGGUAUUCAAGCGGAAAUCCAAUCAUGGCGAGCUGGAAGAUCACCCCUUCACCCACCGAGGAGAGUAACGUCGAGUACACGUCAUUUCUGGACUGUCGCAAGUACUUCGCGGUAGAUGAUUCAAUGUCAACUGGUGGCGGAUCAAUCUACAGAGAACGUGAUUUCGUCGAAGCCUUCCGAAAGAGCUAUCCCAACAAGACUGAUGCGAUAUCUCUGUGGGGUGAUAAUUGCGACGACCCUACUACGAAAUUCAAGUCUCUGAAAUGGCAUGCGCUCCAUGAUGGUACCCACCCAAGCUCCAUUCUCAGGAACUCCGCAGCUUUGGAUGCAAUCAGAAAGUCGGAUACGUGGUUCUUGCUCACAGACGGAGAAAUCUUCGAACAGGACGUUCACGGGCUCGCCAGACUGGCUUAUGACGCUGAGGUGCUUAAUGUGCCGCUGGUGUUUGUCAUCACCAAUGCACGCGGCAGCUCUCCCGGAACAGCAGAUAUCAGCGUUGGCAUAUCCUUUUUUGCCAGCUCUCGGGACACCCUGAUCCUCUUUAAAGACCAGCAAACUGGUAAAAUCUACGUUAUCGCAGCCAAGGGUUGUUUCGCAGAUCUGGGAGGAUCGGCAGCGACGAAGAAUCUAAACAACUGGAACGACUUGACGACUUUCACAAGCGAAGCUGACCUGUUCCUGCGCUGCCAGGAGAGGAACAUAAAGGUUGUUAAGUCAAAGUCGCGAGCGAAGGGGACCGGAGAACUCAGUCUUGGUGCAGUGUGGGAGGAGCGGAAUGCUGGACCCGUCAAGGUUGAUCUCGAUCUCCUCCUCGCCUCUGAACAACUUUCGGACAUGGAUGCGACAAACCUUUUUGCGGACGAAGCCUUCGAUGCCCUUGCAAUCGCCUGCAAGACUCGAACUCGUAUACCUGAAUUGCGGGCAUUUGUUCAGGCACAGAAGGUCGAGCAGGCUGUUGCCCCGAAGUUUGAGGACCGAAACAACGCGACAGCGAUCAUCGCCAAGAUGGCUACAGGACCAAGUGACGAAGACUGUAAGAGCCUCCAGGAACAGCUACGGGAAGCUCAUGCCCAGAAUCGUCGAGACUACCUAAGACUGCUCGCCGAUCAUGCAGCGUCAGUGACCCAACAGGCUCUGAGAAAGCGGAAUCAGCUUGUCGAUGGAGCACUCAGGUCACUCGCCUCUAUCGAAACCGCUAGCUAUAACGCGGAAAUUAUCGGUCGCAGAAGCGACAGAGCUCGACGCGCUCAAACCAUCGACCCUUCGUCAGUAGUCGACAUGGCCGCGCUAGAUCUGGAAGCACCGUCGUUCAAAGGGUACUGUCUUGUCUGCUGCGGCGAGGAGGAAAUUAUGUCCAUAUGCUUCAAAGAAGCCGCUCCAGAGCACAGGGAAGACAACACCAGCGACUUCGCACUCAAUUUUCCUUUGGCGGUAGGGGCAUUCACGAAGAACGUUGAUCUCGUCUCAAGUCAGAAUGUAUGCUUCCAGUGCGCACUACUCUCGCACGAUGGCUUGUCCAUCUACAAAGAACGAAUAACGGCGAUUAUUCCCGCUGUGCAGUACGAUGGAAACAACAAGAAGUACAUCAACGAUCAGCUCUACUCAGCCUUGACUGCACGAUUGGCCACCGGUGCUGCAGGAGUAGCACAGCUGUUCAUGUCAAUACUUCAGACCGUCAUGAAGACAAAACCGUGGGCAGGUGCCGGCCUGGAUAUCUCUCGCAUCUCCAUCGAUGAGCAGAACGAAGCUGCGCAGCGUCAUAGGACGUUCCAGUGGAUGGUGGACCAGUUGGCUCAUAACAGUGACACUCGCGAAAACUUCAAAGAGACUGGACAGUGGGUCAAGUUUCCGCAGGCAUUAAAAUGGGUCGCUGAAGACUUCGAGAGGAAUGGACUGUCAAGCUUUGCUAUCACAUACCCUGUGGAAGGCUUCAAUAACCUACUAUCCCUUGGCCAGCGAAUAGAUGCAUUCUCUCAAGACACCGUCAGCCGGCUCCGGAACACGAAACUGCUCGAUUCAAUUGCUGCAAAGUACCUUCCCAAUGUGCCAAAUAUGUAUCUGCAGAGCUCAGAGGUCACGAACCCAAACAGCGAGGACUGGAAGGAGAAGUACUUUGAGCUCAUCUACCGCGAUAUGAACAGCCCAUUAGUACCUGUAGAUCACGGCGAGGACUCCAUACUCAGCGACAUCGAGACCUUCAAGCAGCGUCUGUCCGCAUGCCUCACAGAGACAUACGACGUAAUCGACAUCACCACCAUGCACAAGAUCCAAGUCCUUCUGUUCUGGCUCCUCUACACCCAGCCCAUCAGCUGCACGCCCCAAACCCUCUUCACGCGCCUCACCCACAACGAGCACCUCGCCGCCGCCGUCCUCAACCCGGCCCUCACCGUCCCCGCCUCCGAACACCAGCACAUCCUCCUCUCCAUCUUCUCCCCCCGCAACGCCGAGCCCAUCAACCCCGCCCACGCAGCACUCCACCACAACACACUCAUCCCCUUCGCCACCCCCUUCGGCCCCUCCGUCCUCCGCUGCGGCGUCCCUGCCUGCGCACACCCCUUCUACGACCCCGCGACCCUGCGCCCGGACACUGUAUCCCGCGCCGCCAUCGAAGCAAUCCGACUCGCCCGCUCAAAGCACCUCGUCGACGUCUUCGGUCUGCGCGGCCGCUUCGAGAACUCGGCUACGGGCCUGCCGGAGCGCACUGCCGCGGGGCAGCCGCCGACUUCGGUGCACAGUAACUUGCAUAUUAGUAUUGUGCGGGAGUGGGCUGAGCGGUCGGUCGAUGCGCGGCGGGCGGUUGUGGAGGGGGGCGAUGCGCGCGCGGCGUUUGCUGUGGAUGUGCGGCGGCGGGUGGCUGUGGAGGGCCGUGGGGAUGUGUUUAAAGCGGCAAUUGAGAGGGAUGUGGAGGCGCUGCUUCCAGGGUUCUUUGAGGUGCUUGCUGUGGCGUUGAGAGAGGAUGGUGGGAGUGCUGAGGAUGUUGCGCUGUAUGAGCAUGGCGUUGAGAGAGUCAAGCUUCACGAUAAAGUUGUCUGGGAGUUGAAGCAGGAAGCUGGCCGUGAAGUCCAGUCUUGAGCGGUUCUCUUCUUUCUCGACCAGUAGUCUUUCAAUGCAUCACUUUCGAAAACAUGUGC